AUGGCUGCAGUCGACCGAGCUCGCGUCUCGGUAUCUCCCUUCGGAUACCCCCAGGUCUCGCGCGGCCAGCAGUCAAUCGCCGCCGCGAUGGACUUGACCAUGAGUGACGAUGAGGACGAGGUGAAUAUUGAGCAUUCCCUCUUUGCGCACAUUUGUACGCCGGCAAAGUUCCCCAAUGCUCAGGCGUUCAUUGACCUGACCUCCGAUUCUGAGGAUAACGAGGACGUGCAGACCCUCACUUCGGUUAUACAAAAUGUCUCCGGUCCCUCUCGCGUAGCUGACAUUGAUAAAAUGGAGCAUGGCCAAUUUGCGCAGUCUUCUCGGUCUAUCCUGCGGGUCAUGAAGCGUCAGGCAUCCGGACAACCUGCCCCGACCCGUCACUUCCUGGAGGCCACCAUUGGUGGUAUCCUCUACCGUGCUGGCAUGUCCCUGGAGCUCAAGGACGGCUCCUUUCUUAGGAUUGAGCAAGUUGACCCUAUGCCCUUCGACGUGCGUUUCACCGGCCGUCAUCUGUUUCGUGCCACGCACCCUCACGUUAAGAUGUAUCUUCCUAAGCAGGAAAACGAAUUGAUCUGGGUCACGCAGAAGAUGGACUCGGUGGGCUCCAAGCAUGUCAAGAAAAUUUGCGACAUUCGCUUCACCAACCAUCGCACCGACUUCGAUGAGCCCACUGCCGAACUCACUUGCCGUCUCAAACUUACCAUUCGCCAGCAGGGUGUUGUCAUCAUCCCUGACCAACAUCCUUUAACGACCGACCAGACUGCCAUUGAAUAUCUCAACUUCCGAGAGAGUGACGCCGGGUUUGGAAAGACAUCCAUUCAGCUUCGUGAUGAAUGGCGAGGACAAGGCCGGACGACGUUUUUCGGAGAGGGCCAGGCUUCAGCCGAUGAAAUGCAUAACGACAGGGAUGUUAUCGACCUUACGGGCACUGUAACUGGAAAGGCGCAAGCAUACACCUUUGGUGAUGCGUACUGUGGUGGCGGUGGUAUGUCCUGCGGCGCCAGACAAGCAGGACUGGACAUCAGGUGGGCCGUUGACAAUUCGGACCAUGCCGUCGAUACCUACCAGCGCAACUUUGACGGCGUUGAGAUUGAGCAUGCCGACUUCUUCAGUUUCCUUACCAACGAUCCUAACUGGACGCGUGUGGACAUCUGCCAUUGUUCACCUCCCUGCCAGACAUUCUCCCCCGCCCACACUGUGCAGUGCGCCAAGGAUGAUGCUAAUUCAGCAUGCAUCUUCUCCGCUGGAUCCUUGUGCCGAAGCGCGAAGCCUCGAGUUCUGACUAUGGAGGAGACUGCCGGACUGCCUGAACGAUGGGCUGAAAUCUUUCACCGGGUCCUUCUUGACCUGGUGGAGAUCGGGUAUUCUCUCCGCUGGUCGGUAUUGCGCUGCGACGACUAUGGUGUCCCUCAGGAGCGAAAGAGGCUGGUGGUCAUUGCUGCGGGUCCCGGAGAGACCCUGCCUCACUUCCCUCAACCAACUCACGGAUUGAUUUCCGCCCCUGGCCUUCUCCCUCGCACCACCAUCUGGUCGGCUAUUGCAGACAUCCCAGAUGAUACCCGGAACCACGAUGUCGAGAAAGCCCUUCAUCGCUGGCGUCUCGCGCACCGCGCCCCGUUUGACGGACACCGUCCUGCCAAGACCAUUACUUGCGGAGGUGGAGAGUACAACUAUCACCCCACGGGGCUGAGACCCUUUACUGAUCGCGAGAUGGCUUGUCUUCAGACAUUCCCCAUGGAGUUUGAGUUUUCCGACAGCAAUGUGCGAAAGCAGAUUGGCAAUGCGGUGCCCCCUUUUCUCGCAAAGGCCGUUUACACAGAGGUUGCCCAGAGCUUGCGAGAGUCGGACGCAAAGGAGGCCAGUGGAGUCUGGCAUUGA